CCAAAGGUCAUCGUCCAUGAACGCAGUCACGUGCAACUAUUCAACUAUUACAUCCUCGAUCGUGGAGUUCUAUGAUUAACUACGUUCUGCUCGUGUCAAGACAAGGUGAGGUUUUAUGAUGUUUGAAGACACCUCGUUACCUUCACCUGUAUUUCUCACAGGCAAAGUACGGCUUGCCAAAUGGUUCCUAACUCUUCCGCCAAAGCAGAAGACCAAAAUCGUGAAAGACGUGACACAGCUCGUUCUAGCGCGUCGAACACGAAUGUGUAACUUCUUGGAGUACAAAGAUACCAAAGUAGUGUAUCGCCGAUACGCUUCUUUGUUUUUCAUCUGUGGGAUAGGACCUAACGAUAAUGAGCUCGUAACGCUUGAAAUUAUACAUCGCUAUGUUGAAGUAUUGGACAGAUACUUUGGCAAUGUAUGCGAGUUAGAUCUGAUAUUUAACUUCCAGAAAGCCUACGCUAUUUUGGAUGAAGUGAUCAUAACCGGGGAACUGCAGGAGUCCUCGAAGAAAUCUGUACUCCGGGUGGUCGCGCAGUCCGACGCAAUUGAGGACACAGAAAACAGUGAGGAUACAUUAGCCCGCAUCGGGUCGCGCGUCCUCUAAGUUUAUUCUUACCCGCCUCUGCUCUUGUCGUACACUACAAUCCAAACUAAUGCAAAUGCCCUUAUGUGUCACAAAAUUUGGCGUAGUCAUUGAAGGGAUGAUGGACGUUGGGUUCUGAUGGCAAUAACACUAUUGUUCCAGGCCAAACCAAGGAAUUUGUCACAUACACAUGUUAUUGCCGAGGUUAAUAUCGUAGCGAUCCUGUAAACGGUCAUCGAAUAUACGCCAUGACUAAGACGACUUGUCAAUCCUCAUCCUCGUCAUCGGAGCGUUCAUCCGCGAGCUUCUUCUGGAAGAGUGCCCUGAAGAGGACGCGCCAAAUGAGGAAGUACCAGAAAAUGUUCACUGG